ACCCGGUUUAUGCACUACGGUUGGUAACUGGCUCUUCACUACCUGUAGGGACAGGACAGGCUUCAGACUGUCGAGAAAUAUACCAGCAGCUGCCCUGAGGUCAGGUAUUAAGAUGUCUCACAGCGAUGAGGGAUACGUGGUGCGCAUCAGAGGCUUACCCUGGUCAUGUACCAAGGAGGAAGUGGCCUCGUUUUUUUCUGACUGUGAUAUUGUAGGGAAAGUCAAUGGUGUGUGUUUCACCUUCUCCAAGGAGGGAAGGCCCAGUGGAGAGGCGUUCAUCGAGCUAAAAACUGCAGAGGACUUUAAAAAAGCCCUCUCGAAAGAUCGCAAGUACAUGGGCCAUCGAUAUAUUGAAGUGUUCAAGUCAAAUCGCAGUGAAAUGGACUGGGUGCUGAAACGCUGCGGCCCGACGGAUUACGACAGCAGCAGCGGCUGCAUGCUGAGGCUCAGAGGACUGCCUUUUGGCUGCAGUAAGGAGGAGAUAGUUCAGUUCUUUUCAGGGUUGAAAAUCGUGCCAAAUGGGAUUACAUUGCCGAUGGACUACCAGGGGAGGAGCACAGGGGAAGCCUUCGUGCAGUUUGCCUCAAAGGAGAUAGCAGAAAAAGCUCUGGGGAAACACAAGGAAAGAAUAGGGCACAGGUACAUAGAGAUAUUCAAAAGUAGCCGAAAUGAAAUCCGUGCAUACUACGAGGUCCCCCGGCGGAUGAUGGGACAGAGACCUAGCCCAUACGACAGACCGGUUAUGGGCCGCGGGGGCUUCUUUGGUCCGGGACCUGGAAGAGGAGGUGCUGUUCUGGACCAGAUGCGCAGUGGAAAUAGUUACAGUGGUGGUUACGGUGGCUUUGACAAUUAUAAUGGAUUUAACAACUACUGCUUCGGUAAUGGAAUGUUUGAAGAGCGUGCACGAGGAGACCGAGGUGGAAGAGGAGGAAUGGGAGGUCAUGGCUAUGGUGGAGGAGACACAGGCUCGGGCUUUCACAGCGGACACUUUGUGCACAUGAGAGGCCUUCCGUUCCGUGCAACAGAGUCGGACAUAGCCAAUUUCUUUGCACCACUGCAUCCAAUUCGCGUGCACAUCGACGUCGGACCCAACGGCAAAUCCACAGGGGAGGCAGAUGUAGAGUUUGCCACUCAUGAAGAUGCUGUAUCAGCCAUGUCGAAGGAUAAGAAUCAUAUGCAACACCGUUACAUAGAGCUUUUCUUAAAUUCAACCUCCAGUGGAGCAUCUGAAAUGGGUCGCGGAGGCGGCAGUUACUAUGGCAACUCCGGGGGCAUGGGCUCUCGAGGAAGCGGGCCAAGGGGCAUGUACUGAAGACACAGAUUUACAAGAAAAAUUAUUUUCACCUGAAAGUUGGAAGGUUUUUCGUUUUGUAUAGAGGCGUUUUCGCAUAUUCAUAGAAAAUUGAAGCUGAAUAUUUUCCAGUCAGAGUGGAGUUUAAAGUAUAAAUGAAGUAUAUAAAUAAUUGAAUAUAUAGGUUGAACAGCUACUGUACAUUUUGCUUAAAAAUUUUAUAUCUGAUUCUUCCGUGUUUGAGUUUUAUUCGUGUUGCUUUGUUAUUUGUUGUCGUCUCCGAAGCUCUGCAAUCUCUAAGGACACUGUGAUGGGCUGCCGUCUUUAAGAUUUGUAAGCCUUUUUCUCCCCAGCAAUGAACAUUCUUUGGCUGUUAACUUUUUCCUCUUAGUUAGUUACGUUAACUGCAGAGUUCUCGUUUGAAGUAUCGUUGUUCAUAUAAUCAUUUGUUGGCCGUUGCAUUUAAAACUUCCAAAGUUACAAGGUUUUGUUAGUUUCAAAAUAAACGUUUGUUUUGUGUUCAGUCAUUGCAAAUAUGUGAAUCUGGGUGAAACUUUUAAAGAUUGCUCUAUUUAGACAUUUCAGGAACCUUUCACUUCUAAUCAAAUGUAAAGAAAUGGCUAUUUCAGUCUUUUACACCUAUGUUGCAAAUGUCUGAAAUUAAAGAAUGUUUAUAUUACAAUAAUGAA